AUGAUCUCUGCCUUUACUGCCUGUCCAAUCAUCGAGCUCAAAGCAAAAGACAAAUCUAAGAUUGAAUCAAUUUUAGCCUACGGCGAUCGAUUGAUAGUAGGAUUGAGUACAGGAAAUUUACAGAUAUACCGGGUAAAUGAGACCGAAGAUAAUCAUGAUCCGAAGGAGGGGACAAAGUCGAAUUCUGAUUCCAGAUCCGUUCAUCUUCUCAGAGAAGUUGAAAAGUUUUCCACGAGAUCAAUUGAACAGCUAGCAUUAAUAAAGGAAUCAAAUGUUCUCAUCUCAAUGUCAAAUUCUUAUGUUUCAAUUCAUGACCUACAUUCAUGUACCCUCCUAGAACACUUAAUUAGGACAAAAGGCGCUUCUAACUUCGCAAUCACAUCAAAUAUUGUCAAGGAUUCCGCUACGGGGAUUCCAGAAAUAAUAUCGCGACUAGCAGUCUCCGUGAAAAGAAAAUUGUUGCUUUGGUCUUGGCAUGAGUCUGAACUUGAACAAUCUGUAUCUGAAUUUACGCUGGCAGAACCCAUUCGCAAGCUUACAUGGGUAGCUGCGGACAAGAUAAUUUGCGGUUUGAACUCCAGAUUUGUACUUGUAGAUAUCCUAACAGGAGAUUCUCAGGAUAUUAUUGGACCUGGAGUAUCUGGAACUGCUACCGUCUCCAGUGGAAGGUUUAGUGCCGUUGGAUCCGCAAGUAUGGGCUACAUCGGCCUAGGAGGAUAUACAUCGAAGCCGUUGGUAGCAAAAUUAAAAGAUGGCGAGAUCCUGCUUACUAGAGAUACAAGUUCUGUUUUCAUCGCAUGCGAUGGGAAAGCAGCAGAGAAGAAGCAUAUUCAAUGGCAUCAAGUCCCAGAGGCUAUUGGAUAUUCGUAUCCAUACAUACUGGCUCUGCAACCACCCGCAAAUGGUACAUUAGAGGUACGAAAUCCUGAAACGCUUUCACUUUUACAGUCAAUAUGCCUACCAAACGCACGACAACUUCAUUUCCCACCCCCAACUGUAAGCUUAGCACACGCAGGAAAAGGAUUUCAUGUUGCCAGUGAGAGGUGUAUCUGGCGGAUGGGAUCUACAGACUAUAAUCACCAAGUCAAUGAACUUGUUCAGAGUGAAAAUUAUGACGAGGCUAUAAGCUUGCUUAAUAUGCUAGAAAGUGCAUUAUUAUGCAAUAAAGAGCUACGCCUAAGAGAGGUCAAGAUUCAAAAGGCUCAAAGUUUAUUCGAUAAAAAAAGAUAUCAAGACGCGCUGGAUAUAUUCAUGGCACAGGACGUCCAGGCAUCCCCAGAAAGCGUUAUCCAGUUAUUUCCGCCUAUUAUUUCUGGUACUCCUGCAAUUUCUAAAAAAUCAGGAAUUGGCCAAAUUAGUGAAACAAACCAACAGGAUAGCUCUUCGAGCAGAGACAAUAAUGAUCACAAGGACCAAGGCUGCAAACAGGAGAAUACAAAUGAUACGAAUUUAGUAGUAGCAGGGAAAUUUGGUGAUAUCCAACCUAAAUUGCCUUCGGAUAUAACUACAGCUAGCUCGGGUAUACGAUCAACUGAGACAGACUCUAUUGACGCGACAAGUCUUAAAGUUAGGCCAAUGGAAACAUCAAUGGAGGGAAAGGACCUUCAGACGGCUGUCCUAGCACUAAUUGGGUUUCUUGUUCAGGCUCGAAAUAGGAUGAAAGCUUUUUUAGACGCAGAAACCAAGAAGAUAAAAAAUCCGGGAUUCGAAACAUCUGAUAGCUCUACAAACUACUUAAACAACUCGUUCCUCGUAUUCUCCGGCUCUGAGGACAUAUAUGAUACGGAAAGAAAACUUCUUGAGACAGCUAAACUAAUUGACACCACAUUAUUCAGAUCAUACAUGCUUGUCAGGCCACAAUUGGCAGGAUCUCUUUUUCGAAUCCCAAAUUUUUGCGACCCAGAUGUUGUGAAUGAAAAGCUAUUUGAGAGUGGUCGCUAUAAUGACCUUGUAGAAUUUUUCUAUGGCAAGAAAUUACAUCGUUCAGCACUUGAGCUUCUCAAGCGGCUCUCAGGUUCCGAUAUCGAUGACGUUACAGUGUCAGAGACACUACGAGCUCCGCACCGCACUGUUGGCUAUUUGCAAAACCUGGGGCCUGAUAUGAUUGACUUAAUUCUUGAAUUUGCUGAAUGGCCAUUGCGUGCCGACCCAGAUCUUGGGAUGGAAAUAUUCACUACAGAUACCGAAAAUGCAGAGACUCUCCCAAGGGACAAAGUGUUAUCAUUUUUUGAAAGUAAAGACAAUAAACUCACAACUCGAUACCUAGAGUAUAUAAUCAACGAGCUAAACGAUACAACACAAGAAUUUCAUAACAAACUCAUCGCAACAUAUUUAGAGGAGCUAACCAAAAUUGGACCUGGAAUGAGACGUAAAAAUGAAGAGUGGAAGCAAUUAAUGGAUCGGCUAGUAGGUUUUAUGAAGAAAAGUUGUCAAUAUUCGCUUGGAAAGGCUUUUAGCAUGAUACCCAAAGAUGAUUCUGACUUCUAUGAUGCCCAAGCAGUUGUAUUGAGUAAUAUGGGACAACAUAAACAAGCGCUUGAACUAUACGUUUUUAAGAUCAAAGAUUAUAAUAAAGCUGAGGAGUAUUGCAAUCAAAUAUACCUAGCCCCUGAUAGCAAAGGGAAUAACAAAACAACAAGUAUCGCACCCUUUAAAUACUCCAAAUCUUACGAGGACAAUGACACUUCUUUACAAUCAAUCUAUCACACCCUUCUUUCUCUCUAUCUCACUCCACCGCCUCCGAAUAAGCCUAAUCUCGCACCAGCUCUACUUCUUCUGGCAAAUCAUGGACCACGCCUUCCUGCUUUUAGUACAUUACCCCUGAUCCCAGCUCCACUUCCACUCGCUUCGCUUGAAUCAUACUUUAAAGGACGUCUUCGUGUUGUCAACAGCCGGGUGAAUGAGAGUCGAAUAAUUUCUGGGCUCUGUAAGGCAGAAGCAAUUGAUGUGCAGUUUAAUCUACUUUUAGGAAGUGGCGAGUCAGUGAAAAAUCAUGAGUUGCUUUCUUCGGGGCCGUCAGGAAAUGGUGGCCGAAACCGGAGGGCUAUUGUAAGCGAAGACCAUAUUUGUCGUGCCUGUCAUAAGCGUAUAGGCAACAGUGUCAUUGCUAUACUAGCUGAUAAUGCAGUGGUGCAUUAUGGCUGCCUUCACAAGUUGACAGGUGUAUCUGGUACUAAUAGCGCUGCUAUGACUGGAUUAUCAACCAAAUUUGCUGGUAAGAGAUAG